AAAAAGGAAAAAAACAAAACAGCCCAACGCAUAACUAUCUGGUAAUGAAAGUUUAAGGAUAAUUAAAGGAGUAGCAAGCAAGAGUAAAUGGAAUAGAAAGCAAGAGUAAUGACAACAGUGAGUAUUGUUAUUUGAUAAAGAGGUAAAAAACAACAAGAAAAACAGCUCUUCAGAUUUCAAAUACAAAAAUACAUUUUUUACAAACUAAAUUUUACACUAAAACUUCAAAAUUAUACACCCAAAAACACUUGGAUUUUACCCAAAUUAUGUUUGAUAAAUUUUUGCUAUUACGCUAAUUUGCACCAAAAAAAGUAAAUAUUCCUGAUGAGUAAUGAACCUUAAACGAGUUCCUAUUCCUAAAUUGAUACGGUAUGAGGACUAUAUGUGUGUUAAUCGAAAUCAAGAAACCAAAACGAUCCUUUCUUGCAAUUCGUGUAUAUUCUCUCAAAACAACCACAUUUGUGUGUGUGGCAACCCUUUACAACAGCUGUUGCUUGUAAACAAAUCAUCAGAAAUUAGAAAAUAAACGAAUGUUUUCAUGUUUUUGUUUAUGACAAUAAUUUUCAAAUAACACUAUUGAUCCCAUGGAUAUGGAUUACAAUCUACACAAAAUCUGUCGGGUAUGUUUAAAAGAAGGUGCCCUCACAUCCAUCUAUAGCACCGAGUUCAGUAUGAUGCCCUCUACCAUGUUAAUGCUGUGUGCCAAGAUACGGGUGUAUAAAAAGGAUGGUUUACCCGAGGUUAUAUGCAAUAAUUGCAUCUAUAGAUUAGGAGUAGCAUAUCAUUUUAAACAGGAAUGUGAAAAUUCCGAUAUAAGACUGAGACAAUAUUUGGGUUUAACAGAUCGAGGUUAUGGUAUAUGUGAUGCAGAAACUAAUACAGAGGAUAAUUUGUCCUUGGGUUUGUUAGGUAAAUCUCAUAAUUAUCAUAAUACCACGGGAAACUCUUCAGAUUCGGAAGAGGAUGAAGAGGAGGAGCAGAGAACUAACAAAAGAAAAGGUAACAAAAGACGCUCCCGUUAUCAACGUAAACCACCUGAAGAACACAAAAAGCGAGGACCCAAACCUCUGCCCAAACUGCCACAAACCUGUUACGAGUGCAAUAAAACCUUUAAAUGUUCGGCCCAACUACAGCAACACAUACGUACGCAUACUGGGGAAAAACCAUUUCCCUGUCGCUAUUGUCCUCGACGUUUUGCUCAAAAAUACAAUUUACAAAUACACGAACGCACUCAUACCGGUGACAAGCCAUUUCAAUGUGAAAUCUGCUCUAAACAGUUCUCCGCUUUAGGAAAUUUCCAGGCUCAUCUAAAAAUACACACCGGCAUACGUGAUCAACAUUGUCCAGUAUGUCAGAAAUCAUUUUAUACCGCCGGUGAUCUCUCCAAACAUAUGAUAACCCAUACGGGUAUAAAAAAUCAUCAUUGUGAUGUUUGUGGCAAGUCAUUCAGCCGUAAUCGUGAUAUGUUGGCCCACAAACGAAAGCUACAUCAAAUGACAAAUCUGACUGAGCGCAGUGAAGAUGAAGAAGAUGAAAUUGUCGACACCGUGGUUAAUGAUGAUGCUUUCAAGUGUCCGGACUGUGAUAAGGAAUUUGAAUCGGCUGGAAGUUUAUCAGUGCAUUUUCGCACACAUGGUUCGAAUAAUCUUUUAAAUUUACCCCUAGGAGGUCAUACACAAAUGGUGGCGCCACCACCUCCUCCACCUUCUCACGCUACACCACAUCAUUAUCAUCAUCAGGCGGCAGUGGCUUUGGGUCCUCAUACUCAUCAUGAUGGUUUACAUGCUCAGGCUCAUCAUUUAGGUUUAAAUGCGGCUGCAUCUUUGCAACCUAAUCCAGGUGGUAGUAUGUCUAUGGCUCAUAUAAUGGGUCCACCGCCUCCACAUGCUGUUACUCUACCACCGCCGCCAACAGCAGGUGGACCUCAGACGUCGCUAUCUAUGAUGCAUACGGCUCAAAGAUUACAUCCUUAUUGAGAUUAAUAAAAAAGUUGAAAAAACUAUGUUGUGAUUUUAUUAUUGAACUACAUCCCUCACAUGAACCCAAUUAAUUAUGUUUUUUAAGUUCAAAAUUUUCGAACAUAAAUUUUAACAUUAAAAAUUAGAGGUCGAUCCUACCUAAAAAUGAACUACAACUAGAACUGAAAUUAAACUGAACUAGAACUACAGAAGAACCUAACUAGAACUACAUUAGAACCUAACUAGAACUACAUUAGAAUCUAAUUAGAACUACAGUAAAACCAAAUUAGAAUUGAACUAGAACUGAUUUAGCACCGAAUUAGA